AUGACACCCCUGUCGUCUUCUCUCUAUACAGCUGCAUCGUUCCUGUAUCUUGCCAUCAUCCCCAAACAUGUCAAAGUCGGCCUCACCCUGGUCCCACAAACGAUAAAGGCGGUUCCCUCUACGGAAGAGUUUGCUCUGGCAAAGGCCAUCAUCCCCGCCACCUGGCACUUUGUCAAUGGCUAUCUGGUUACACUGGCGCUCUUAAACUACAAGUGGGCUAAGUCCGGCGGCCCUACAACGACGAUGGAGAAGUGGAUGGUGGGGGUUAACGCGCUGGUUGGUGCCUUGGUUGGUGUCCAGUACUUCAAGGCUCGUCUCCACGUUGCUCUGUCCGUGCUGUGGCUGGCUCCUGGUCUAAGCAUUGCUGCUGGACUUCUCGCGUCAGCUUAA